AUGUCGGCCAGUCCUACAAGGACUGCCCUGGUGGAGAGCACAUCACCGCUAGCGCAGACCUACUCGAACAUUUCUAAUUCGGAACACAUUCGGUCGGCGAAGCUGAGUGUUGAAAUCGGCAUGUCAAAAGACGAGAUAUACAACCCGCUGUGGCUAGAAUACAUGCCUGGGCUUGAAGCAUUAGUGAAUGGUGGUAUAGUCGAUGCACUAGAGAAAUUUUAA